GGAAAAUAGAAGGGAUAAAUAAAAGGAAGCGCGUAGCGUGGAAACUACGGUUCGAUCUCGAUCACGAUCAGCAGCGUCUCAGGCGUUUCCUCGCUUCGAGAAAGUAUUAUAUGCAGACGACGACGUCGUCAUCUUAAGUGGCGAUUUCGCACUUCUUGAGAAUUUCGAAAUCAAAUCAACUCUCUUUCUUUCGUUUCUGGGCAGUUCGCGAGAAUCAGAAAACCCUCAAGCUUGUGUAGUAACCGUUUUCUUUAAAACUGAAGUGUGAAAAAAAUGGGAAAAGAUCAGCAUAAUCACAAUGACAGAGGAUUCUUCCACCACUUAGCAGGAUUUGCAGGGGGACACUACCCACCUCACGGUCACGGUUAUGGUCAUCAUGGUCACGGUUAUGGAGCUCCUUAUCCAUACCCUCCUCCUCCUCCUCCUCAUGGCUACCCACCAGUUGCUUAUCCUCCACACGGUGGUUACCCUCCAGCCGGUUAUCCUCCAGCUGGUUAUCCUCCACCCGGUUAUCCUCCUCACGGUUAUCCCGGUCCAUCUCAUCACUCUGGACAUCACCAUGGAGGUAUAGGAGGGAUUAUAGCAGGUGGUGUGGCUGCGGCAGCUGCACACCAUAUGUCUCACCACGGACACUAUGGUCACCAUCACGGUCACGGUUAUGGCUACGGCUAUCACGGUCACGGUAAGUUCAAACACGGCAAAUUCAAGCACGGAAAAUUCGGAAAACGCUGGAAACAUGGCAUCUUUGGGAAGCACAAGGGCAAGUUCUUCAAGAAAUGGAAGUGAUUCUUUUGUUUUCCAAAAGAUUGAUCCAAUUCAGAGGCUAUAACAUUAUCAUUACCUAACAAUAAAUAUUAAGUCUCUGUAAAAAAUUACUUAGUUAUUGUGAGCCUUGGAGGUUAGAAAGUCAUGAUCGUUCUUUCUUGGUUUGGUUUCAUGAAGCUUUUGUUUUUACAUUAGCAUGUAUAAAGUUUGCUCCUUUUGGUA